AUGGACGUUGACAGUCGUCCAGCUCAGCCGGAGCCCUCAACGUCAGCCAGCUUGGUGGACACCGCCUCUUCGCUGCGUGCCGCCGCCCUACUCUCUAGGAAACGUCGCAAAGUCGCAGCUACGGAAGCUUCGCCCCGCCGCGCUCCCGAACCAAGCUUACAACUCGAUUACGGGCAGGAAGACUCGUCGAUGUCGACAUCAGGUUAUGCUAUACCGCUAGCAGGCACCAAGGGUCCACCCAAUACUACAUCCACAACCAAGAAGACACCAGACACUGAACAAGACGGACAACGGGAAGAAGGUGAAAUCAGUGAUACGGAGACUUCGCCAGCACCGACCGAGACGCUUCCACCAUCUCACACGCCUUCACUUCGCGACUCCGACACCAUCUCACCAUCAGAACCGGGCCCCUCGUGGCAGGAUGCGCACCAUCUCGCCGCGAAUGAACCGUUCGUUCUCGAAACCCCUACUUACCGGCUUGACUCCUCCCAUGUCCGACCUGGGCUGACUAUAACUCAGCAGGAGUACGAUACUGCAAAAGAUCUCGUACUGGACCUUUUGGGCUGGGGUGUACCUCCAGAAUAUCUUCUAGAGUACGGCAUAAGCCGUCAUAUGAUAUACUACGUGUUUACCGAACUCAACCUGCGACUCCCCGACAAUUUGGACACCAGUGACCUAGUCCCGUACCCGACACCAGAAAUGCUAGUGGCGUUCUCAGUCUCUCAGUCGUCUCCAACAACUCCUUGGUCGUUCCGUUCAUCAUCAUCCGCCGCCGCAAUGCCUCCCCCACCUAUCGUUCCUGUUCGGGAUUUCCUCAUGGAGAAUGUUGCAGAUCGAACCGAAGACAGCCUCAUGCUAUCUCCCAACCGAUCGCCUAUAGAAAUUAAGGCGGAACCAAGUUCUCCAUCUCCGAUUGACCUGUCCCUACAUGCCAUAGAACGACAACGGCGCCAAGAGUUACUCGCUCGUAAAGCUGCCAUCGCUUCCCGACGUGCCAGGCAAGGCGAUCUAGAGGUUGCUAUCUCGCCGUCAGGCAAAGUUCUUGGGCUUGCUGCUGUCCCCUCUCAGUCCGUGGAUGAAUUCCUCAAGACAAUCGAGUCCAGCCAUCCUGAGAACUCUGAUAAAGGCGAACGCAGUUCUCCCCAUCCUUCCCAGAAAGUGAGGAGUUCUGAGAGUAUGGACGUUGACGAGCCCAUCCCCGGCCUUACCGGUGAUCCGGCGGAUGAUUCUACACCGUCAACAAGCUCGCGGACAGCGCAGACAGCGUCUCCCGCGAUGCCAGACUCCAUCACCCAGACAGAGCCCAACCUGCCUGCAGUUGUCCCUCCAGGGUCGUCAUCAGACGCUCUGAGAAAUACUGCUUCUCGUCUCGGACUGCCCUCAUUGACUCCCUCUGCAGAUACGGUUGACGAUCCACCUGCUCUGCUGCGCCAACGACUGAGCAUCGACUCGGACGAAGCCAACUCUCACCGUCGGGGAUUCAAACGGCCAGUCGCAGCCGACUUUGUCGAUAAUGAUUCUGGGUCGUCAUCGCGCAACCAUGGGAAUUCUUCCUCCAAUGGCUACGCUAAUGGUAGUGGUUCUCAACUGCUCAAACGCAAAACGGGAAGUUUCGCUGGCGUCAACAUGAGACGAUGCGUUAUCGAAUUGAGUGAUAGCGAGGAUGAUGGAGAUGGCAGGCUGCGCGCACAAGCUAUCCACCCCAACGGCCGUGAAUACUCCCCGGCUGUUGUAGCUGCUCCCGUUCACUACUCGUCGCGACCCAGGACAACUACGACGCCUCCUAUAGCCUCGUCUUCCGGGAGUGCACAGUCAGCUGGGUUAACGGCUCCGCCUCCUUCGGCCCUCUUGGAGAAGGAAGAGGAGAUCAAGAAGAUGCGUCAGCUCAUCGCUGAGAGAGAAGAAAUGAGGUUGCGCAAGCUAGCUGUGUCCACACCUGUUGUCCAACAACCGGCAAAUACAAGUACACCACCAGCACGACAAAAUCCAUCCAAGCAAGAUGAUACAUCCUCGACAUCCCUCAGAUCGAGAGAUCCAUCUUCAUGUUCAUUAGAUCCGGAGACUCAGCUACCUAUUUCAAAUGUGACGAGUACAGCACGGGGUUCGUAUACGUCCGACUUUUCUGAAACCUCGCGACAGUGGCUUCUUUGA